AUGCGCGGGGGGCGAGCGUGGCGCCGCGCGGGUCAGGCGCCCCGUCGCUGCGGCCAGACGGAACCCGAAGCUCAGACUGGAACUCUGCAAUGGUUGUUGAUGCUGACUGCCCUGUCUUACCUUCUGAGCAUCGGAUCUUCAUUUACUGAGACCGAAAACAAUGGUGUCAAGUCUUCCAGUCACCGCGAUGAGUUCGUGCAGAAGGGCGGCGCGGAGGUGUUGCACAAACGCCCUGCAAUAUCCGAGACUUCAGCCACCCUGCCAUCACGUCGUCUUCUCUCCAUCACCGACGAGGAGCAGAGACCACCACGAGACGACUCCUCCCUGGCGCGGCUGCUGGUGGAUGUUGUCGGGCGUGAGAUGCGCGACUGCUCCCUCGUCCUCGCUACUGACGGACGCUUGGAGACGUCCCAGGCCACGAGGCACCUGCUGGCUCUCCCGAACGCGAGACAGGUCGUGCACGUGGAGAGCGCCAAAGACUUGAAGGACUUGAAUUGGAUCAAGUCUUCGUGCGGAGGAUACUUUUUCCUUCUGGCUGACCCGACGCCGUUGCUCACUUUCGGGGAAGAGGACCAACACUUCUGGGAUUAUGAAGGGAAAUAUGUGAUUGUGGGGCUUUCGAUCGAUCAGUUAAAUCAGUUUACCCGAACCAACAAAGGCAAAAAGACUGAGCAUAUAGUGGGGGUUGUUCAGACCGGGCGCGAGGGAGAAUACAGCCUGUGCAUGAAUCAACUGUACUGGGGCGAGGGUGUUGCAUGCGUCAACACGUGGCUGCAACAGAGGCGGUCGCUCGAAACCGCCAUCUUCCCAGAUAAGAUCUCGAACUUGCGCCAGGCCGUCUUGAACGUCGUGCAGUUCGAGAUCCCGCCCAGCAUCGCCUACCACCGGAGGCCCGACGGCUCGCUGUUCAUCUUCGGCCAAGAGGUGGAGCUCGUCCUGCUGCUGGCCCGCUUCUUCAACUUCACCGUCAGCUACCAGUGGCCGCCUCCGGGGGAGAUGUGGGGCGAGAAGGUGGCCAACGGCACGUGGAACGGCCAGGUGGGGAUGCUGGGGCGCGGGGAGAGCGACUUGGCCAUCUCCAACAGGUACAUCACGUCCCAUCUCGGACGCUUCGAUUUUGAGCACUACAGCGACCCUGGGCACGACCCCUUAGGAAGACACUCCUUCAUCUACUCGUGCCUCUACAUGGUGGGCAUUCACUUCCGAGAAUCCCAGACGGUUCUCCCGCGUAACCCAAGCACGCAAGUCCUGGUGUCCUUCAUGUGGGUGUACGCCAUCAUCCUAACCACCGGCUACAGCAGUAAUCUAACCGCCUUCCUCACCGUGACGAGGCAACCAGACAGCAUCGAGACCAUCAAAGAACUGAGGCACUCCAGCCUCAACGUGCUCGGCGUGGGGCCCCUGAUUGGGAACCUGAUGGCGCAGUCGGUGAACCCGGAUUUGAAGGCCCUGACAGCUCGUUUCGCCUCCAUGCCCGACUUCGACUCCAUCACGGAGCAGGUGAUGUCUCGUAAGGGCGUCAUGGUGCAGAGCCGCGUCUUCCUAGAAUAUAUGAGGGAACAGCUCACCGACUCCAAAGGCAGAACUCUCGUUAGGAUCAUCAAGGAGUGUUCCUUCCCGUUCAGCGUGGGCAUCGGCUACCCGACGCACUCACCCUUGUUAAAGAGGUUCAACCGCGUCAUCAACUGGGUCGUCGAGAGUGGACUCUUCCGGCACUGGAAAUCCACGACUCUGAGUAUGAUCAGGAAGUUCAAGAUGGAAAAGGAGAAAUCGGGAGCGAACGCCGACGCCGACUCCCCGGAGGACGCGAUCCAGACGACAGGCGUGAUUCCUCUGGGCAUCGACCACCUGCAGGGCAUCUUCCUGGUCCUCAUCUUCGGCCUCUUGGCUUCCCUCCUCGUCUUCCUGGCGGAGAGGAUGUGCUCGAGGGCGCUGGGUUUUCGCGGUGACUAG